AUGUUGUCUCGUCUCGCUCGUGUCCAGCCAAAAUGCAACCAGUUCGCCUCCUUCAGCACAUCCAAGUCUGCAGCUGCAGCCCCCACUGUUAAGCUGUGGAUCGAUGGACAAGCUGUUGAAUCAAAGACGACUGAUUUCGUUGAACUGACCAACCCAGCCACAAAUGAGGUCAUCGGACUUGUUCCAAACGCCACGCAAGCUGAGAUGCAAGCCGCCGUCGACUCGGCUAAGAACGCCUUCAGCACCUGGAAGAACACAUCUCCUCUUACCCGCCAACAAUGCAUGUUCAAGCUUCAGGCUUUGAUCAAGAGAGACAUGAAGAAGCUCGCUGAGAGUAUCACAAUUGAGCAAGGAAAGACUCUUCCAGAUGCUGAGGGAGACGUGAGCAGAGGACUCCAAGUCGUCGAGCACGCUUGCUCUGUUCCAUCCCUCAUGAUGGGAGAGACUCUUCCAAAUGUUUCUCGCGACAUGGACACCCACUCCUACAGAAUCCCACUUGGAGUCACCGCUGGAAUCUGCCCAUUCAACUUCCCAGCUAUGAUCCCACUCUGGAUGUUCCCGAUUGCUUUGGCUACUGGAAACACCAUGGUCAUCAAGCCAUCUGAGCAAGAUCCAGGAGCAGCUCAACUUCUUGUCGAGCUCGCCAAGGAGGCUGGAGUUCCAAAUGGAUGUGUCAACAUCAUCCACGGACAACACUCGGCUGUUAACUUCAUCUGCGACAACCCAGACAUCAAGGCUAUUUCCUUCGUUGGAGGAGAUGCUGCUGGAAAGCACAUCUAUGAACGCGGAGCCAAGAAUGGAAAGCGUGUCCAAUCCAACAUGGGAGCCAAGAAUCACGGAGUUAUCAUGGCUGAUGCCAACAAGGAACAGACCCUCAACCAACUUACCGCCGCUGCUUUCGGAGCCGCCGGACAACGUUGCAUGGCUCUCACCACCGCAGUUCUUGUUGGAGAUGCUCGCGCUUGGUUGCCAGAGCUUGUUAAGAAGGCCAAGAACCUCAAGGUUAACGCCGGAUGGAAGCCAGAUACUGACAUUGGACCACUCAUUUCUAAGCAAUCCAAGGCCCGUGUCCUUCGUCUCAUUGAGAGCGCCAAGAAGGAGGGUGCUCAAGUUCCACUUGAUGGAUCCAACGUCACUGUUCCAGGAUUCGAGAACGGAAACUUUGUUGGACCAACCAUUCUUGCUGGAGUCAAGCCAAACAUGACUUGCUACAGAGAGGAAAUCUUCGGCCCAGUCCUCGUUGUCAUGGAAGCCGAAAACCUCAACGAAGCCAUCGAAAUCAUCAACAACAACCCAUACGGAAACGGAACUGCCAUCUUCACCAGCAACGGAGCCACCGCCAGAAAGUUCACAAACGAAGUCGACGUCGGACAGAUCGGAAUCAACGUGCCAAUUCCAGUCCCACUCCCAAUGUUCUCAUUCACUGGCUCCCGCGGUUCGUUCCUCGGAGAUCUCAACUUCUACGGAAAGGCCGGUAUCCAAUUCUACACUCAAUGGAAGACAGUGACUCAGUACUGGAACGAGUCGCUCACUGAGCUCAAGCCACAAAUGUCGUUCCCACAACUCAAGUAA